AUGCAGGAAGCUCAGGCGAAAGUCCUAAAUUCGGCUGACAGGAGCACAGAGGUCACCGGCCCGACCAGAAGGAUGUGGGCUGGUACUUCUAGCUUAGCAAGUUUCGGCGCUUGGGGGAAAGCAAACGUGAAGAACACGAUGCAGUCGUGGAGAACGUUUCUGAAGGAGCAGCGAAAAGUAUCAAAGGGAAAAAUCCCCCCUCCCCAUAUCGAAACGAAGUUUCUGAUGCUCGAUUUGCGUACACAAAUCAGGUCUGUCUUGCUGGGGAAGACUGCAGGCAUAUGCCAAGCCUGGUUCGAGGGGUUUUGACGUAGGGGACUAGCGUGACAGAUGUCGGCUCUGUAAGCCCAAGAGCAUCACAAACCGCCGGCAUGACGCGGCGGACUCUCUGGCUUUGCCUUCUUGCAAGACAGACGGGAUUUGUGGCCUCAAAUCUGCAUCACAAAUUUUCAGACGAAUGCGUUUUCAAUAUGGGGAGGGGUGAUUUUUCCUCUCAAUAAAAAGCGAUUGCGGUGAGAGAAAGAAGAGAUAUGCUUAGUUCUAGCGGCAGCAGCUUUUCGCAGCAGGAGGAAAAUUUGACCACGAAAACGGAACAAGAAAUAGGGGAAGCAACAUCAUCAGCACCGCUUGAUGUUGAUGCCAACACCGGAAAGCACCACCGAAAAAUCAUGUUGAACAACACCGCCAGUCAUGAUCAUGCCACCAGUGUGGUCACGGAAGUGCAGUUGCACAACCACCGCAACCAACUAGAGGAUGAUGCAGCCGGCAGGAUGGGGAAUAGCACUGCAGCGCAAGGAUUGUCACACGACCAAUCUGCCUUUGUGACAACUGAGGACAAGAAAAAAAUGCAAGAACUACACGAGCGGCAAAGCGAAGCGCAGCGUCACCUUGAAGAAAGUGAAGCGAGCACGUCGCAGCGAUCGAAAGAACAGCGUGAAAAGAAUCAGAAAUCGGAAGAGCCAAGUACAACAACGCCCGCCCAGCAGCAGCAGCAGCAACUGGAUUCUGCCGAAGCCGCGUACCAAGCGACCGUCGGGAAGAAGGUCCGGUCUUGCUCCUAUCUGGAGGGCACGGCGCUGCUUAAGGGAAAUUUACCCGACAGCGCGUUUGUCAAGCCGGGCAGGAAUGGGCAAAUGACGGAAACUGCGAGGAACUGCCAGCACCGGUGUGAAAGGUUCGUCUCCGCGGACAUAAAGGACACCACGGGCGGCUGCAAGGCCUUCCACUACCACGGACAGUAUUGCUGGUUGAAAAACGAAAAUUACGAGAUCGUCGUGUCGAUCAACGGGAACGAAGACACGGCGGAGGUCCGGUCCGAUACACGGGACGAGAACCUCAACACGCUUUCCCACGUCGCGGGGUUCUGCGACCCCGCGGUGCUGGAGGAAAAGAAUAAGGAAUGGAAAAUCAAGGUGGAAGCGGCACAAGAGGCGGUCCCCGGGAACUCGACCUUACCACCCUGGACGCCGCGGCAAUUGGUGGUCGUGUUGGUGGAUCGGAAGGUCGUUGUGGAAGAGGAGAAGGAGGGACUGUCGGAACACGAGAAAUGGCUCCAGGAACAGUUGAAGCGGAAUCAGGAAAACAUGCCCCCUAUCAAAUGCAAAAAUGUCUGGGUCUGGAAAAAAGCGGCUUGUCAUGCUAAAUCUGAAUCAUGUAAAAAGCUGUGUUGCAUGAUUACCAAAAGCUGUCCACACUUGACCUAAUCGAGAGCUAGUUUCUCAUGCAGAGUAGGCAUGAUAGAACAAGAACUCUCACAGAAUCUGUCAUGCUAUGUCCUACAUACCAGACCUCGCGGGUCAUGGAAAGCCUGCAUGACAAGUCUGGCAUUCUUCCAGACCCAGACAUUUUUACAUUUGAUACCCCCAGACGAAACAGCGGACGCAUUUUUGCAACAGGAGAAGGUACUCGAACAAGAAGAGCUACAACAGCGCAAGAAAAAGCAAGCAACGACACGUAGAAAUAAGAGAAGAAGAAAAGACGACAAAGAUGUUGCUUCGGCAUCUCGCUUCGAGCCGCCGGACAAGUUCCUAGUCCAGGUUUCGCAAAUGAAAAACUACGGUUUUGAAUGUUUCACCGACGGGGUGUACAAAACCUCAAAGGGCACCAUACUCCAGCCGAUGGAGAAAAUGGCGAACACCAUCGGAUCGACCUUCACCGGUGAGGACGUGAAUGUCGACCUGGGGGUUAUUGUGGAGAAAACCGAAGCCUUUCUCGGCACCGGCUCCACGAGUUUGCAGCACUGCCAGCACGGGGGGUCGAAGUGCAAUUUUUGCAACAAGUCGCCCGACGAAAACGACCAGCACAAGGGGAUUUGCUGCCGCCACGGGGUGACCGAGGGGGCGUGCACGGGG